UUAUGGCUGAAUAAGAUGCCUUUUAAAGUGUUGGAAGGCUCAUUGGGAGUGAGGAGCUCCUGCCUCCUCCCCAGAGACCCUCGAUUGCUGCUCCCGGUCGCCGGUGCUAUGGGAAGCAGGUGUCUGGCCCUGCUCUCAGCUGUCAGUGUCUUGCUGGCUUCAUCAGGAUCAGAGGCGCAGACUUCUAGAGAUUCCUGCCCUCCCUGCCCUGAAACUGCUGUCUGCUACAACAGCACCCACUGUGUUUGCAGAAACGGGUUCAAGUACUCGUGGCUGGGGAGAAUCUUCCACACAUCCUACCUCAAGUGUGAUGAUGCUGACGAGUGUAGGAGCGAGUUGGCAAAGUGCAAGGAAAUGUUCUGUAGUAAAAAGAUCGGGUAUUACCUCUGCGUCUGUGUGGUUCAACGCUCUUUCUUCCACUGGCUCUCUGGUCCCUCUGAUACUGAACAUGCAGAAUGUCACGAGAACGAGGAUGGAAACAUGAACUCACAGCAGAACGUUUGGGAAGAUCUGUCGAAAAAUAAGAGCCAAAAGGAUUUUGCAGAAAAGGCUACCAUCCUACUUAAGCGUGUGGAACUGGAAAUACUGAAUAAGAAUAUUGAUUCUCCAGGAAAGGGCGAAAACCCCCUGUUUGACCUAGUCUAUGAAACCAAGAGGUGCAGGGAGGAGACUGUGCUGGAGGCUGGGAACAACACGAUGGACCUCAACUGCACUGGCGCCUUCAAGGACACCACAAGAGACAAGAGCAUAGUUGCUCUGAUCACUUAUCGAUCUCUUGGGAAUUUUCUGAACGGAUCCUUUUUCAGUGAUCGAAGGAGGAAGCUGGGAGCCAGGCUGAACUCCCAGGUUGUGAGUGGCACCGUUGGUGACAAGGUCAACCUGUCUGAACCCACGUUCCUGACCUUUCAACACACUCAGCCUGGUGGUGAGACGGCAAAGCAUCUCUGCGUCUACUGGGAAGGGUCAAAGGAUGGGGGCAGCUGGUCGACGGAGGGCUGCUUCCAUGUGGGCAGCAAUGAUUCCCACACCAGGUGCAAGUGCUUCCACCUGUCCAGCUUUGCUGUCCUCGUGGCUCUGACGCCCAAGGAGGAUCUGGUGCUGACUGUGAUCACCUACGUGGGACUGGGGCUUUCCCUGCUCUGCCUCCUCCUGGCAGUCCUCACCUUCCUCCUGUGCCGACCCAUCCAGAACACCAGUACCACGCUCCACCUGCAGCUCUCCCUCUGCCUCUUCCUGGCCCACUUCCUGUUCCUCACGGGCAUCAACAGGACUGAGCCUGAGAUGCUGUGCUCCAUCAUUGCAGGGGUACUGCACUACCUCUACCUGGCCGCCUUCUUCUGGAUGCUCCUGGAAGGACUACACCUUUUCCUCACCGUCAGGAAUCUUAAAGUGGCCAACUACACCAGCACGGGAAGAUUCAAGAAGAGGUUCAUGUACCCCCUGGGCUACGGCAUCCCAGCUGUGAUUGUCAUUGUGUCCGCGAUAGUUGGACACCAAAACUAUGGCACAUAUACUCACUGCUGGCUCAAGCUCGAUGAAGGAUUCAUCUGGAGCUUCAUGGGGCCAGUGGCCCUCAUUAUCUUGAUAAACUUGGUGUUGUACUUCCAAAUUCUGUGGAUUUUGAGAAGCAAACUUUCCUCCCUCAAUAAAGAGGUCUCCACCAUUCAGGACACCAGGGUCAUGACAUUUAAGGCCAUUGCUCAGCUAUUUGUGCUGGGAUGUUCCUGGGGCCUUGGUUUCUUCAUGGUUGAAGAAGUAGGGCAGACGGUGGGAUUGGUCAUCGCCUACCUGUUCACCAUCACCAAUGUCCUGCAGGGGGUUUUGCUUUUCGUGGUUCACUGCCUCCUUAAUCGCCAGGUGCGAAUGGAAUACAAGAAGUGGUUUAGCAGGGUGCAGAGGGGUGUUGAAACGGAAAGUACAGAGAUGUCUCGCUCCACUACCCACACCAGAAUGGAGGAGCCAGGGAAGUCCUCGGAACUCGGUCACUGAAGACACCCUGUCCAUCUGACUGAUGCAGCUCCUCCCCGCUCCUCAGCUGGGGACCGAGAACUGGCUUGUGUCCACACGCUCAUGUGGCUGCACAGUGACUAGACUAACACCACCCUCUCUCCCUUCUCAUGAAAAGUCUGCACUUGGUUAAUUUGGCUUUUCUUUCCAGAGAAAGAACGGGGUAUGCAGGAGGUAUUGCACCCACAUUCAUGUGCAAUUAAGUGCAACGAGGUGUUGGAAAGAUGCUUUUCACUGAGGGGGAAAGUUGGUGGAUUUUCUUCCUCCAGCCGUUGCCACCUUGCCUGGGAUGCCGGAGCUGGGGUCUGGAGGCCGCUCACAACCCCCCUCUGGCUUCUCUGCUGGUGUCGAGGUCUUGCACCUGCGCUCCAGGUCCACACAGCCCAUAUGGAAACACAGAAAUGGGGGCUGAAUUCCUGCAGGGCAGAAGCAGCCACCACCCUUGUCUAGGGACACAUUGUCAGGAGAAAUCCUGGGCAAGUCACUGCCACCACCCCAACUUUCUUUGCCAGGUGAAUCUUUGAACCUACGUGUAUACCUGGGUUAAAGACUAUCUUGUCUCCUAGUGUCGCUUUUCACAAGUCUCAGCCCGCCAAGGCAAGGGCUUGGCGCUAUUUGUUUUAUUUUCCAUUUCUCAUUUCUUCUCCAAUGUUAUUGAUUUUGGGGUGUAUUUGUUUCAGCACACUAACCAACCCAUCACGGUCACCUGACUUAUCAGAGGACAUUUUUCAAAAAUGUUUUAAAUUAUAACGACUGUCCACGUUAAAAUCACAGGCAAGAGUCACCAUAGUUUAUUUGAGGAAAUUUCAAAUAAAUUGAAAUUUGGUGGUUUGA